GUUUUGAAUGCUGGACCAGUGCGUCGUAAUGCAUUACGAUGCUUGGUGGACUCCGAGUGGUAGAUGUGACAUGGUUCUCACUGGGAUUUAGCUUUUUGCUGGCCUUUUGUCUCCAUAGGUUUUCACGUUAUGUGCCUCAAAAAUUUGAGAGAUCUCAUACAUUUCAGCUUUUCCAGGAUCUAAUCCGAUACGGGAAAACCAAAGCACAAAUAAAGCGAUCGGACCUCCUACGAGUCUUUGAUGUUCCCAAAAGAUGGUUCUGGCAUUUCUACGCUGUCUCUGUUGUAUGGAAUGGGUUCCUCCUUACUUUGCUCCUCCGAGCAAUUAUGUCGGAGGAGGGUCUUCCAAAGUGGUUGGUUGACACACUGUCAUUCCUGAAAGGUGAACAACCUAGCACAGCUACUGAUCGUCCAUUGUCUGUCUGGAUGGUUCACAUUUUGCUAUGGGUCCACUGUCUAAGACGUCUGCUGGAGUGCCUAUAUGUCAGCGUGUUCUCCAAUGGAGUCAUCCAUAUAGUCCAGUAUGCAUUUGGGCUGAGUUACUACAUCUUUCUAGGCCUGACUGUGCUCUGUGUUGACAUUUCACCCUCAGAUGAAGGCUCAUCUCUGCUUAGCCAGCUGCAGUGGUACCAUGUGGCUGGAACAGGGCUUUUUCUCUGGGCUUCAUGGCUUCAGCACCACAGCCUGGCCCUGCUGGCCAGCCUGCGCACAGGAAACACAGGUGCUGUGAAAACUCUUGCCCACCGUAUGCCGCACGGGUGCUGGUUUGACCUUGUCUCCUGCCCACACUACUUUGCUGAGCUCCUCAUCUACGUGUCCAUGGCCGCUUGCUUGGGUGGUGCCUCAGUGACCUGGUGGCUUGUUGUGCUCUAUGUCCUCUUCAACCAAACGCUCACAGCUCAGCUCUGUCAUGAGUUCUAUCGGAGCAAGUUUGAGGAAUACCCGCCUCAGCGCAAGGCCUUCAUUCCAUUUGUACUGUAAUUCAAACCUUCAGUGUUUUUGUUUGAAGUGAAUAUGAAUAUAACUUUGCUACUUGUUAACAAUAAUGCAUAAAUGUUGUUUUGAAUGAAAAUAAAGAUUUGCCUAUGUUUAUCAUGUAAAACACUCAGGUCAAAAGGAAGAAGAAACUGAGAGAGGGACUUUUACUACUGAUAGUGAUUGAUAGCGCUUUUAUAUAAAAGUCUGUCAGGGGAAUUGUUUAAUAGGAAUUUGCUGAUGGACAGCAGCAGCUCUAGUGCACACUGAAAAAUGCUGCGUGCCCCAUGACUGCUGUGUCAACAGAUGGUAGUAGACUACUAGAGGGCUCAGAUGUCAAUGUAUCCCUGUCCUGAAAUAAACCUUGCAAAUUGUUUAACCUGCAAAACUGUCCAUGGAUUUAAUAGGUAAAUUGGUGCAUUUUGAAGAUCUCCAAAAGGUUUGCUAGUAUGUCAUAAUUUAUUGCAAUAAAUCUGCUUUUAACUUGG